AUGUAUGUAUGUAUGUAUAUGACCCAGAGUCAAGAAGUGAGUAUAUUGCUGUUUCUUUUCUUUCUCCUGGUGUAUGUGACAACUCUGCUGGGGAACCUUCUCAUCAUGGUCACCGUGACCUUCGAGCCUCGCCUUCACACCCCCAUGUAUUUCUUGCUCAGGAAUUUGUCUGUUGCCGACAUCUGCUUUUCCUCCAUCACUGCACCCAAGGUUCUGCUGGACCUUCUCUCACACAGAAAGACCAUCUCUUUCAAUGGCUGUCUCACUCAGAUGUUUUUCUUCCACCUUAUUGGAGGGGUGGAUGUGUUUUCUCUCUCAGUGAUGGCUCUAGAUCGAUAUGUGGCCAUCUCUAAGCCCCUGCACUAUGUGACCAUCAUGAGCAGAGGCCGUUGCAUUGGGUUAAUAGUGGCCUCCUGGGCGGGAGGCUUUGUCCACUCCAUCGUGCAGAUUUCUCUCUUGCUGACACUUCCGUUUUGUGGACCCAAUGUUCUUGACACUUUCUACUGUGAUGUCCCCCAGGUCAUCAAACUUGCCUGCACAGACAUCUUUGUCCUGGAGAUGUUGAUGAUUUCCAAUAAUGGGAUGCUCACCACACUGUGGUUUUUCUUGCUCCUGGUGUCCUACAUGGUCAUAUUACUAUUGCUGAAGUCUCAGUCAGGAGAGGGCAGGAAGAAAGCCUUCUCCACCUGCACCUCCUACAUCACCAUAAUGACCCUAUACUUUGUGCCCUGCAUCAUUGUGUUUGUCUCCCCUCUGCUCAAUCCCUUGAUUUACACUCUGAGGAACCAGAAGAUGAAGUCAGCCAUGAGGAGACUCAGGAAAAGACUUGAACAUUAUGAUGGAACAGACAAAUAA